AUGAAACUUGCUGAUCCAGAUGAUUCAUUUUCGAACUUACCAAUUGAGAUUCUAAUCGGUGCAGAUUUCUACUGGAUUGUUAUGAAUUCUGAAGCUCCAGUCAGGUUGUCGGAUUCUCUGGCCUUGCUCCCAUCAAGUUUUGGUUGGGUACUUAGUGGAACUCGAUCACACGCGACAGUUUCCUUCAUUUCAACGGUUCAUAAUGUUGAUGUGGAUACUUCAACUCAGGAAUUAGAUAAUGUGGUACGAAAUGUCUGGAACUUAGAGAGCAUUGGCAUGCAACCAACACAAGAAAAAAUAAGUCCUCACAACUCUGAACUCUUGACGAACUUUCAUCAAUCUUUUGAAAUCAUCGAUGGUAGAAGAGUUGUAAAAUUGCCUUGGAAACCAGAAGUUCAACUUUCGUCGAACAAUUAUGAAGUCGCAAUUCAACGAUUUAAAUCUUUAACAAGGAAAAUGCAUGCAAAUUCAGAAUUCAAAGAAAAAUAUAUUGAGCACAUGCAAGAUUACAUUGAUAAAAAACACGUUGAAGUUGUCUCAGAAACACAUAAUGAGGAAGGUUUAUAUUACUUGCCCCAUCACGCUGUAAAGAAAAUCACAAAUGGAGAAACUAAGUGGCGUAUAGUUUUUGAUGCAUCUUCACAUUCUCCAGGUCACCCAUCUUUGAACGACGCUCUUGAAGUAGGACCAAAUCUUCUUCCCGAUAUCUUAGCCACAUUGUUGAGAUUUCGACUUUCUAAAAUAGCAAUCACUAGUGAUGGGCGACAAGCAUUUCUGCAGCUGAUUCUAGCAGAAGAAGACAGAGAUGCAACACGAUUUAUUUGGUACAAUACUACAUAUACUCCUGAUGGGAAACUCUGCACUGAAGAUAAAAUUGUAACCUAUCGAUUCACACGUCUUCCAUUUGGACUCGUCUCUAGUCCAUUUUUAUUAGCAGCUUCUCUUCGUGAAUUGGCUACAAAACACAAACAAGCAUAUCCUACAGCAACUAGACACAUUGAGAAUAACACCUAUAUGGAUGAUUUUGACAAUAUCAUUAACAUCCGAAUUGGCGAUAUUGUACUUCUACAAGAAGAUGUCCGACCACGUCACAUGUGGAAGAAAGCUAGAGUGGUGAACUUGCAUGAAGGACGAGAUGGAAAAAUAAGAUCCUGUGAGCUGAGAGUUAAUGGUCACAAUAUAACCCGUCCGGUAGCUCUGGUCAUCCCUCUCGAGGUCGACCAGGGUGGGGAGGAUGUUGAGGUUUGA